AUGAAUACUCCUUUAAACUAUCGGGAAGACCGUCUCAGUUCUCCAUUAGAAACACAGCAGAUUCUAUUUGACAUCAUGUCUUGGUGCACCAUUGAGUCUGAUCCUGGUGUUUUUACCGAACUAAUACAACAAAUGCAAGUAAAAGGCGUGCAGGUUGAAGAGUUAUAUUCUUUAGAUCUUGAUUCUCUAAACAGUCUUAGGCCGGUUUACGGGUUGAUAUUCCUAUUUAAAUGGCGUGCUGGUGAAAAAGAUGAACGCCUCGUCAUCAAAGAUCCAAACCCUAAUUUGUUUUUUGCUAGCCAGGUCAUCAACAACGCAUGCGCCACGCAAGCCAUCCUUUCAAUUCUGAUGAACUGUCCAGAUGUCGACAUCGGGCCCGAAUUAUCCGCAUUAAAAGACUUUUCAAAAAACUUUCCUCCGGAGCUCAAAGGGCUCGCGAUCAACAACAGCGACGCCAUCCGAACCGCUCACAACAGUUUCGCGAGGCCCGAACCGUUUAUCCCGGACGAACAAAAAUCCGCAGGAAAAGACGAUGACGUGUACCAUUUCAUCAGCUACAUUCCCGUGGACGGGGUUCUAUACGAGCUUGAUGGGCUGAAAGAAGGCCCAAUAAGUUUGGGCCAGUGUUCGGGUGGCCAAGGUGACAUGGACUGGCUGAAACUGGUGCAGCCCGUGAUCCAGGAAAGGAUUGAGAGGUAUUCUCAGAGUGAGAUACGGUUUAAUUUGAUGGCGAUUAUUAAGAACAGGAAGGAGAUGUAUACGGUUGAGUUGAAGGAGUUGCAGAGGAGGAGGGAGCGGUUGUUGCAGCAGCUGGCGGCGUUGCAGGCGGAGAGGGUGGUGGAUGGUGGUAAUGUGGAGGCGUUGAAUAAGUCGUUGUUGGAAGUGAAUGUUGGGAUUGAAAGUGCGACUGAGAAGAUUUUGGUGGAGGAGGAGAAGUUUAAGAAAUGGAGGACAGAGAAUAUAAGGAGGAAGCAUAAUUAUAUUCCGUUUUUGUUUAAUUUUUUGAAGAUUCUCGCGGAGAAGAAGCAGUUGAGACCUUUGAUUGAAAAAGCCAAACAGAAAACCAGUGGGCCCAGGAAAAAAACUAAAGGGAUAUCAUUGAUGUGAUGGGCCUCCAUAUUGAAAGGCCGAAAGGGUAAAGAAAAGGAGAGAAGGAAAUUUUGAAAGGAAUUUUUGCAUCGGGGAGCAAGUGGGUAAAGACAACAAGGAA